AUGUGCAGCGUUGCCGCCGACGGCAGAUUCUCCCCUAACGCCGUAGUCGCUGCAUGGGUGCACGACGUGUACGUUGCUUUCGAUCCAGACAGAUAUAUCUUCCAACAAAAAUCAACCUCAGACCAAUCUCCAUCCUGGACGACAGGCACAACCGGUCCGACAAGGGCCAAGAGAAAAACACCUCCGAAGAGAAGGACGCCUCCACUUAGAGAGACCAACUCCAAUGUGAAGUUAAACCCUCCUACGGUUUCCGCGCCAGAGAAAAAUCGACGUACUAUAUCUCAAAAAAAGAAGCGAGGUAGAGACCUUGAAGAGGAGGAAGGCAAUGCUGCAGCACAGAGAGACCUAACGUCGCAACCUCGACCUACAACGCGAUCGAGUGUUGUCCAACCCAGAAAGAAGCAGCGUAGACAUUCCGAAGAAGGGGAUGACAAUGACGCAGCGCAGGGAGACUUAACGCCGCGACCUCGAGCUCGUAACCCGAGGCUCGCCCAACCCGAGGACUCAACCUAUGUGCCGGCUCUCCAAAACAAAGCAACCUCUAGCUUGAGGUCUAUGGAACAAUCCGAGUCAUCAGCUGCCACUUCACAAGGCACCUCUAAAAGUCCAAUUGAACGAAUAGGCGACCUUCGCUUUGCUAGGAUGCCUAUUCAGUAUUAUGACCUUUCAGAGAACCUGGAGAAGCUGCCAUCUGACGCAAGAGACCUUUAUGAGAAACUACGGGCGGUGGGGGGUGGGAGUGGCGUCAUGCCUGCACACAUCAGGGAUGAGAUUUUCGACCACGGCGGAAAGACGGACCUUCUACUCCCUCACAUGUUUGAUGAGACUUCGGUCGCGAGCGGUAGGCCAACGACCCAGUUACUUUCGGAACUAUACAAUGUCGAUGAGAUCUGUAAAGCAACAAAGCGGUGUUCACUUAAUCGUCAAGCAGAACCUGCCUGGAAUUGUGCAGUACACUACCCCAUAAUCAACCUGGCCCUGAGGAUCUGUGAGGGCGUCGAAGUUCUAAAUGUCACAACGGCCAAAAUCUGCCCUGCGUUUGACUACCGUGACAUCGGGGGGAAUACCCUGCCAUCAAAGAUGGUCGAUUUUACCAUCAAUUUGGUACCGGAUCAUGAUAUGGAUCAUCGCAUCACUGAGUCACUUGAAGUUCAACCCCCACAUCUCCGAACCAUCAAUCAGUCCAUGUAUCACCCCCUUCGAUUUACACCAACCAUUGUCAGCAUUGAAACUAAACCACCGGGCGGAUCGGAACAGGACGCGGACAUACAACUUGGCGUGUGGGUAUCGGCGUCCUUCAAACGCAUUCGCGAGCUUUGUGAGAACGGUCCUGUCCCGAUCGCCUUGCCACUCUUGUACGUGCAUGGCGACCAGUGGUUCUCCAUGUUUGCUUGCGAUACACAGAACGGUACAGAAAUCCUGGCCAGAUUUCUCGUGGGAAAUACCAGCACCGUGCUUGGCUGCUACAAGGUGAUGACAGCUAUUCGCAUUCUUAGCGAAUGGGGCACGACAAGCUUUAAACAAUGGUUCGGGUCAGCAGUCCUUCGACCUGGCACCGGAGUCGGUCGCUCCGCCGGUAGAGGGGUCGACAGAGGUUGA